UCUAGAGCUUUUUGUAAAUCUUGUUUACUGUUUCUCAUCGAUCAUCAACAUAAUGUCUCACAUAACCCAGUUUCAACACCUCAAAAUACAACUAGAAGCUAUACGAUCAGCAACCAACAACUUUUCUGAUGACAAUUGCAUCGGGGGUGGAGGAUUCGGGAAAGUUUAUAAGGGACAGCUUAUUCAUUCCCGGGGCGAGACCAUGGUUGCUUUGAAGCGUCUGAAUCGCGCAUCGAUGCAAGGAGACCCCGAGUUCUGGAAGGAGAUCUUGAUGCUUCCCUUAUAUCCACAUGAAAAUAUCGUCUCUCUUUUAGGGUAUUGUGACGAAGCUGGCGAGAAGAUCCUUGUGUAUGAGUAUGCACCUAGGAAAAGUCUAGAUUAUUAUCUUGCGAGUGACAAUCUCACGUGGAUUCAACGCCUUAAGAUAUGUAUUGGGGCCGCUCGUGGACUUGAGCAUCUUCAUACCCCUACUGGGACUCAACUUAGAAUAGUGCACCGAGAUAUUAAAAGUUCUAACAUCCUACUAGAUAAUAACUGGAAUGCCAAGAUCUCGGAUUUUGGCCUCUCCAAAUUUGCUCCUGCAAACAAUCAGUUCACAUUUAUGAUAUCCAACCCUGCAGGUACACUUGGCUAUAUUGAUCCACUGUACCAUGAGACAGGGCUACUAACAAAAGAGUCAGAUGUGUACUCUUUUGGUGUGGUGUUGUUCGAAGUGUUGUGUGGGAGGCUAUGUUUUAGCAACACGAAUCUCCAUCCUUUAAUAGGACUGGUGCGAGAGUACUAUGAGCAAAACAAAAUAAGUGAACUUGUUCAUAGUAAUUUAAAGGAUGAAAUAGAUGUAAGUUCUUUAGAGAUGUUUGCGGAUAUAGCUUACCAAUGUUUAAGGAGGGAGCGUACAGAACGUCCAUUGAUGAGACAAGUCGUGGGUGCACUCGAAUGGUCAUUAGUUCUUCAAGAGAGGGCAGAUGCAAACCCAGCUGUUCAUAGAGAUGGAAUCUUGACUGUAAAAGUACUUAGCAUAACGGAUCUAAAUAAUAAUCCUUUGGAUGCUUCUAAGCAGUACUUGGUACUCGAGGUAAGCAUUGGUGUUUAUAUUCAAAGAAAGGCGAAGUACUAUGAGGCGAAUGCUAAAUGUAAUGAAGAAUUCACUCUAUAUGUCAAUAAUCUUCUGGAGAAAGAUCUAUACAUAUAUGUUAACAACAUUGUAUCGGUAAAUAAGCAUUGUCAUCUGGGAAAGAGUUGGAUGAAGUUGAUAGAUCUUACUCCUGAAAUCCCAUGUACUCGUAAACUCCCACUAUCCGAUGUCAAUGACCACCAAAUUGGCAAUCUCAUAGUUGAAGUGUCAUACAAACCGAUUAAUAUCGAAGAUGUAAUUAGUUUUGUCCUAAAGGCUCCUAUAGGGACGCCAAAGGAUGGGGGAUUGCUUGUCAUUAUAAUUCACGGCGCCAAUUUAUAUGAGACAAAGGGACCUUUGUCUGUUUCGUUGAUUUUCCGUGGUGAAGUAAGAAAAACAAAGUCUAUGAUGAAUACAAACAUCCCAGUAUGGAUUCAAGAGUUUACAUUUAUGUUAGAACAACCACCAACGGAUGAAAAUGUGCAUUUUGAUGUCAUUAAUGAUGAGUCGAUGGAACCAAUUGGAUGGGUGGAUGUAAGCCUUGCAAGUGUGGUUAAUAGUAAAUUGACCGACGUGUAUUACUCUCUUGAACCAACUUAUCCUGUUGGUGAGAUUGCAGUUACCAAUCUUCUUCAUGUGCGGUUUGUUCCCGAGUUAAAAAUCCCUCCCCUUCCCUCCCCUCCCCUCCCCUCCCCUCCAUGUCUUUCCAAAUUGGAAUGACUAUUUUCAGGUAAAAAAAACCCCAUUUUCUCUCCCCUCCCCCUGUUAAGUGGAUCUCUGGAACACCAUUUUCCCUCCCCUCCCUUCCCCUCCCCCUGUUAAGUAGAUCUCUGGAACACAGCGGUGGAGAUGCAUUGGAGAACCUCUGCUUAGAUAACCACGACGGUGGUACUUGUAAUGUUCCGUAUUUUUCAUUCUUUUCCACUUUUCAUGUAAUUUGUAUUUCUCUUUUCAAUCCUUUGUAAUUCGAUACUUGAUCAUAAUCCAAAUCAUAUUUUAUAUUA